AUUGCCAACCUAAACUCACAUGGGUUGUUCGUAGCUACAACCUCCAACCUCAUAGUAUAAAUAAGCAAGAACAGACCUUCAGCUCUCUUCAUCCCCAAACCUGCGACAUAUAUAUAUACAUAUACGUGUAUAUAUAUAUAUAUACUACGUAUAUACAUAUAUAUAUAUACAUAUACACAAAUUUCGACCCUUCGUUUUAGACAAAACCGAGCCGUGAAAACACCAUAGAGACCUUCCCCUUCUCGAGAGGAAUCCAACGGUGAAAGAAUCGUUGAAAACGAUCGUGAAACGACGGAGAACGAGCUUGCCGGAGUUCCGCCGGGCUAACCGUAAAGACGGAAAACGGAGAAGAAGGAGGAGCAGCCGCUGCCGCCAACCCAUCACCGACCUUCGCCGUCCCCAAACGAGUCUUCUACCACCACCGUAUCACGAAUCCGUCGAGGAGAGAUUGGCGAAUUCGUUGAAGACGUGAACUAGAUUUCGAGUAGGGUUAGAGCAAAAGCGUGACUUUGAGGUGAUGAUGCUUAUGUUGACUGAUGAUUGCUUGAUUCCCGAGAGCGGUUUAGAGAUGCCUUAGUCAAACCUAGUCAAGAAUUAUAAUUUAAUUAUGUUGAACACUUGUUUUACUUUGUUUAGUUUUGUGAAUGCCUGUGCAUUCGGUUAAGAGAUGACCGGAUGUGGCGGUAACACCCAUUUCCCAAUUAGUGUUAUUUCCGCUGCAAAACUUUUUAUCUGUUUUGAAAUCAAGUUUAUUAUCAAUAAAUCUAUUGUUUCAAGUAUUAUUUUGGGAGGGAAAAUGGGGGUGUUACACCGCUGGCCUCAAAGCACGCCACAUCAGAAUCAAGUGCGACUCCAAACUCGUAGUGAACCAGAUGGAGGGCUCCUACGAAGCCAAAGAGGGGAGGAUGAAGCAAUACAAGGAGGCCGCUGCGGAAUUGCUCAAGGCGUCCGAUACCUACGAGAUCACUCAGAUCCCAAGGGCGGAGAACGCCGAGGCCGACAUACUCUCCAAACUCAGCUCCGACACCCCUGAGCACAUCUCCAAGAUAGCUAAGGUGGAGGAGUUGAGCAUGUCAAGCAUUCACGCUAGCCCUAUACUCUCCAUACAACACCAGCCGGAGGAUUGGAUCACUGACAUCGCAACCUACAUCACCUCCGGCACAUUACCCAAAGACGAGGAGAGGGCCAAACUCGCCAAACUAAGGGCGCCAAGCUAUGUCAUUGAGGGUGACAAGCUCUACAAAAGAUCAUACAAUGGCACCCUCCUCCGGUGCCUCCACCAGAAUGAGGCCGAAGUAGCCAUGGAAGAAGUCCACUGCGGCGUAUGCUCAUCACAUCAGGGGCCCUUCAGCAUGUCACGGCGCCUCGUCGUCCAAGGCUACUUUUGGCCGACGAUGGCACGCGAUUGUGCUGAAAUCGCCCGCAAAUGCAGCGCAUGCCAACACUAUCAAAGGGCACCUGGCCGACCGGCCGUCAACUACGCCCCGGUCAGCACUGCCAUCCCAUUUUCCCGAUGGGGCAUCGACCUCGUCGGCCCCCUACAAAAAGCUGCAGGCAACAACAGAUACAUCAUCGUCGCCAUCGACUACUUCACUAAAUGGGUCGAGGCCGAACCACUCGCAAGCAUCACCGGAGCGCGGUGUCGAAAGUUCGUCUACAAGAACAUCCUCACCCGCUUCGGCGUGCCUCAGGAGAUCAUAUCAGACAACGGCACCCAAUUUGAGGCCGAACCGUUCCAAAGCCUCCUCCAAGAGUGGGGUAUCAAGCACCGCUUCUCCUCCGUUGCCUAUCCUCAGGCCAACGGGCAAGUUGAGAACGCCAACAGAACCAUCUUGGAGGGACUAAAGAAGAAGCUUGAAGAAGAAGGCGGAAGUUGGGUCGACGAACUCCCCAACGUCCUAUGGUCCUAUCGCACUACGCCGAGGAGGGCCACCGGGGAGACACCAUUCUCCCUUUGCUACGGCUUCGAGGCCAAAGCUCCCACUGAGGUGACGCUUCCCAGCCGACGGGUCACACAAUACGACCCCGAGGCCAACGAAGAAACCAUGAAGGUGGACCUACACCUCAUCGACGAGAGACGAGAAAUGGCCUACCUCAGAGCGGAGAACUACAGACGACAAGUCAAAUCCUACUACGACGCCAAGGUCCGCUCUCGCGAAUUCCAAGUGGGGGACUACGUCCUCCGCCGAAGGGAAGCAAGCAAACCUACGGAAGGAGGAAAGCUCGCCGUCAAAUUUGAAGGGCCCUACAUCAUCAGCGCCGUCAUCAAAGCCGGCACCUAUAGACUAAAGAACCCUAAUGGGUCAGAUGUACCACGAUUGUGGAAUGUACACCAUCUAGUGAAAUUUUACCAAUAACUCGAGAAGCGGUGAAGUGGGCAACGUCCCCCACCCCUCGGCUCAUUGGUUGAAUGAAACACCCUCGGCCUAGCGCCAUUUAUUGAAAAAAGAUCAUGUUUC